AAAGUUGCCCCUGCUGACUGCGAACCCAAUGUAGACUGUAGGGAAGUGCUCUGAACAUUCCAGGUUUGUCUUUGUUCGUUGUCUUUAGAAGGCGUUGCACCGUCUGUCUCAACGCUUUGUUUUGCCUUGUCCGUCAUCCGUUGACUUCUUGUUUGCAAAAAAUUGAAUUCCGCGAUAACUUGGAAAGACCGCUAAUCGAGAACGUCAACGGUCUCUUGGCUUCCUUAGUUCUUUCAUCGUGAGCCCCCGUUUGGAUAAUCCCUGAGCCACGUCCACACCGUUCUUUUGUCUUUGUUUUGCACAUCGAUUCAUAUGUCACUCCAGUAACGAACUUCAGCUGGGCGGCAAGCGAGUCGAACGCACGUUUGUUCUACAGAACGACGAGACCGCACAAACCAGCGUUCCUCACGUGAAUCUGGUUUUCUGCGUUGCGCUACACAGAACCUACAAACACUUUCAUAAUAAACUAAGGAAACCAGUGAUUCGAGCACACUGUGUCCGCGUUCUUGUUCUUCAUAGUGGCUGAUCCGGUUUCUGAGGAUGGACGCUCGCGUGCACGAAGCUGGAACAGAACCUCAGGAAAUGCGAGAGGGCUCUGCCAGUAUUUGCAUGCCUUUAGCCGACUCCGGACUGGUGCAGAUAGGGAAGCGCGAGAUGGAUGACUUAUGCAACUCUCCAAUCGUGCGUGAACAGACCGAGCAAGGGAAGCAAUUGUCACCCUAUCCUGGGGAGACCAACGCUGCAGCCUCCCGACAGAGUGAAUCUGAAUCACCGCGGUCUGCGAAUCACAGCGACCGAGCGCCCGGAGAAGCAGAUGUUUUCCCUGCACUCCCUCUGCAGGAUAUUUCCCGGCUUUUCUGGGGAUGGGAAGAAAACAUCCCCAAGAACUCGUCGACGGAGGCAAGCCCACGGCGGUUCAGCCCGUCAGCGAUGGAAGGCGCGGACAACGGGCACGAGGCGGAGAACGUGAAGAAGUCGCCUGGAGGAAAUGCCAGAGAUACUGAACAGCCGAUUUUGCUUUCCCUCAAACCGGCUUUGCAUCACGUUCCUUAUGCCGGAACCUCUCCGUCUUACUCCGCGCACCUGCGGUACGAACUUGGCCUCACCAGAAGAUUUUGGUCGUUUGAUUUGCACCAUCGGGAUUGGAGACAGGUCUUUGUUUCCUCCUACUUUCCCAACUUGAUUGAUGUGGCGGCGCUGGUCCUCAUCCGACUUGUCCUGUGUGUCGUUUUGUUGGUCCUCGAAUUCUUUGCCUCCAGCGACGUGAAGAACGACCUGGGCUGGCCUAUGCUUCUGUACUUCACCAACUGGAAUUCGUACAUGACUUCGAUCUACUUUUGCCUUCUUUGUUUCUUGUCAGUAAGAGCUGCCUGGUCGUUCCGCACGCGAACUGAUUCUCCAGGCACGGACACAGAGGAGACACCAGAGAAGUCUGUCUUAUCCGAACUUGUCGAGCACGCUGAUGUGAAAGCGAAUCCGACGUCAGGCGUGGACGAUUCCCGGGAAGUCUCUGCAAAAGAGACUGUCCAGUCGCAGGGCUGGGCCGCACGAACAUCAAAUGAAACUCCUCCGUCCGCCGGAAGCAAGCUGACAAAACAGAAAAGUCGGCAUCUUCACUACAACCCCGAGAAAGGUCUUUGGGGAUGUUUUUGCAUCCGCAGCAAACACACGGCUCCCACUCUGCCGCCGAAGUCCACAGUUCGACGCAAGCUUGCAGAUUGUUUGCUGCUGCCGGGCUACCACGAUUUGAUGUCGCACGAAGUGUACUGUGUCGAGGGAAUUCUUUUGGCACCGAAUCCUUCGUACCCCGACAGUUUGGCAUGCCCCUGUGUGAGGAGAAAACGCGCUUGCGCGCGGGAGAAAUCCGAAUCAGAACCGCGCGUUUUAGAACACGAAUCGGAUUCGAAGUGUUCAGGACCUCGGACGCCGCUCCUCGUUUCGAUUGUUUGGUUGCUGCACAGCGUCCACCUCAUUGCUUCUGUGGGGGUGUGUCUGAUUUUCUUCUUACUUCUCAACCAGAAUGGCAAUAAGUUUCCAGAAUCUUGGUACUCAGUGUGGAAACACCUCAUGAUUGUGGUUGUCACGCUCAUGCAUUCGCUGCUCCUGUCGCGCAUUCCACUCCCAAUACGCCACGUCGUCUUUGCGUACAUCUUCAUCAUGGUUUACCUUGCUGUGCAAGUCGUUGUCUUCCUCCUAGAUCUCCCGAAUGGCGACGGCGCUCACGGGUACAUCUACCGCGUCUUUGACUUGCGUUUUCCGGGUCGAACUUUGGGAGUGGCGGCGCUCGUUCUGGCCAGCAUUGCCGUCCUCGCGCUCGUUCUCUGGUCCGUCUCUCGGCAGAGAUCUCUUCUGGUUGACCCACCGCCUUGUGUAGCGGUUUCCGCUUCCACAUUUGUGGAAAUGAGAGCCAAGCAGCUGGCUGCCAAGCUCCACGAAAUGCAUCUUUCGGUUGACUGUGGAGUCGGCGACUGCUGUGUAGACACUCGGGAAGCAAGUAGGCAAACGCCUUUUGCUGACCCCUGAAUCGCUUGGGUUGUCCGGUGAAGAAAGACUCACAUCGGGGGAAAACCCCGUUUGGGGUUAAAAUUCUCUGUGUUUGUUUCCGCGCAGAAAUCUGUCUUCUCCAGCCUGAGAAACACCUCCAUGAUUGGCUGCGAACUCCCCUGGCUUAGCUACGUGUGUAUGCCUGCACGUGUGGCGACCUGUACACGUAGUGUUGGUUUCUGAUAAAAACAUCGGAAUCACACUUUUGCCGCAUGCGAUGCGGACCUCUGUUUUGUCGCCGACU